CCUCCCGCUUCCCCUCGCCGAGCCUUCUCCCCUCCCUCCCGCUCUCAGCCAUUUUAGCAGCCGGCCGAGCCGCGCUCUCCGCUAUAGCAGCGCGGGGCCGGAGCCGGGUGGGCUGAGCUGAGGUGAGCGCACGCGGCGCAGCGUAACGGCCGGCGGGGCCCAGGUCGGGCCGCCCGCCAACCCGGGGAACGAGAUCUAAUUGACAUCAAAUAAAGCUUGGGCAUCGCUGUCAGAUACCAUGUGUCCACUGCUGGCUCCCAAAGGUUACUAAAAUUCUAGCAGCUGCCUUGAAACCAAGCUACCUAAGCUUCAUUUACUGUUGCUUCUCCCUACACCAUACCACACUGCUGCUUUUGCUCUUGCCUGCUCAGAACACACUAAGAGAUUUUCUUUUUCAAAUACCCACAAUGAAACUUAGGCUAGAAGUACGUGCCAUUCUUUUGCUGCCUGUGUACUUGUUAAUAUCUGUAUACAGUAUGCUUGUAUUUAUUCCUUGGUAUUUUCUUACCAAUGCUAAGAAGAAAAAGGCUAUGGCAAAGCGUUUAAAAGCUAAGCCCAUCUCGGACAAACCUGGAAGCCCCUACCGUUCUGUCACUCAUCUUGACUCACUUGCAAACAUAAACAUUCCUGGAGCAGACACGUUGGACAAACUGUUUGACCACGCAUUAGCAAAGUUUGGGAAAAAGGACUGUCUCGGGACCAGAGAAAUACUGAGUGAAGAAAAUGAAAUGCAACCAAAUGGAAAAGUCUUCAAAAAGUUAAUCUUAGGAACCUACAGAUGGCUGUCCUAUGAAGAAGUAAAUCAGAAAGUGAAUCGCUUGGGGAGCGGACUGAUGGCCCUGGGACUAACCCCAAAGAGCACCGUUGUUAUAUUCUGUGAGACCCGAGCAGAAUGGAUGAUAGCAGCUCUGGCUUGCUUCAAGUACAACUUCCCUCUUGUUACCUUGUAUGCUACGCUGGGUGAAGAGGCAGUAACCUAUGGUCUCAACGAAUGUGGAGCAUCAUAUCUGAUAACCAGCACAGAACUCCUUGAGAGCAAACUUAAGGCUACAUUGCCACAGAUCUCCUGUCUUAAACAUAUAAUUUAUGUGGACAAUAAGACUAUCAAUAAAUCUGAAUACCCUGAAAACGUUGAGAUUCAUAGUAUGCAGACAGUGGAAGAGCUGGGAGCCAAACCAGAAAACGCAAGCAUUCAGCCAAGCAGACCAGUUCCCACAGACCUGGCUUUAGUGAUGUACACCAGCGGCUCUACUGGGAGACCAAAAGGAGUGAUGAUGCAGCAUAAGAACUUGAUAGCUGGAAUGACAGGACAGUGCGAGAGAAUACCUGGGCUGGGGCCCAAGGAUACUUACAUUGGUUAUUUGCCCCUGGCCCAUGUAUUGGAACUGACAGCAGAAAUUUCUUGCGUCACUUACGGCUGCAGGAUUGGAUAUUCCUCUCCACUUACACUGUCAGAUCAGUCGAGUAAGAUUAAGAAGGGCAGCAAAGGAGACUGCACUGUACUUAAGCCUACACUGAUGGCAGCUGUGCCUGAAAUAAUGGACAGAAUUUAUAAAAAUGUCAUGAGUAAAGUUCAGGAGAUGAACUAUAUUCAGAGAACUCUGUUCAAGAUCGGCUAUGACUACAAACUGGAACAAAUCAAAAGAGGAUACGAUGCACCUCUGUGUAACAUACUGUUGUUUAAAAAAGUAAAGGCACUGCUAGGAGGGAACAUCCGUAUGAUGCUUUCCGGAGGAGCCCCGCUCUCACCCCAAACACAAAGAUUCAUGAAUAUCUGUUUUUGCUGUCCUGUGGGCCAAGGCUAUGGAUUAACAGAAACAUGUGGAGCUGGAACAAUUACAGAAGUUGCUGAUUAUAGCACUGGAAGAGUUGGAGCUCCUCUUAUUUGCUGUGAAAUCAGAUUGAGAGACUGGCAAGAAGGGGGCUACACUAACAGAGACAAACCUAAUCCUAGAGGAGAAAUUAUAAUUGGUGGACCUAAUGUCUCAAUGGGAUACUUUAAAAAUGAAGAGAAAACCAGAAAAGAUUUCACUGUUGAUGAGAAUGGGCAGAGGUGGCUCCAUACUGGAGAUAUUGGAGAAUUCCAUCCAGAUGGGUGUCUGCAGAUCAUAGAUCGUAAAAAAGACUUGGUAAAGCUACAAGCUGGGGAAUACGUGUCUCUGGGCAAAGUAGAGGCAGCACUGAAGAACUGUUCAUUGAUUGAUAAUAUCUGUGCUUAUGCCAAAAGUGACCAGUCUUAUGUGAUCAGUUUUGUGGUUCCCAAUCAGAAGAAGCUGACGGCAUUAGCUGAGCAGAAAGGUAUAAGUGGAACCUGGGUUGAAAUUUGUAACAAUCCUACAAUGGAAGCUGAAAUACUACGAGAAAUUAAGGAGGUGGCAAACAAGAUGAAAUUAGAGAGGUUUGAAAUACCCAUCAAGGUGCGGUUAAGCCCUGAACCGUGGACUCCGGAGACUGGGUUAGUAACAGAUGCUUUCAAGUUGAAGAGGAAAGAACUGAAAAACCAUUACCUCAACGACAUCGAAAGAAUGUAUGGGGGCAAAUGAACAGGCUGAAUUGACUAGACAGUUAUGCAGAAGGUUCUUCAUCAUGCCUUGAUUUUGGACGUCCUUGUAUACUGUAGGUGUCAGAUGUACUCAGAAAAUACACCAAAUUGAUGAAUGUUUCUUAUCUCUAAAGAGAGCAACAGGAGAAGAUCUUAAACCCUAAAUUCCUACUCAAUGUGUUUCAGUUCUGUGUGAUCAUUUCUAGUUUUAAGACAGACACAAUUACAUGAAGCGCUGUGGCCAGGUAAUGUUGUUAUUCUUUCUCCAGUGUGCUCAGACUACUUGCAGUUUCUCUCUGACUCAUUGUGAAGCCUGGCGUGUAGGGACAAAAUGGGUGCUUAAACUUGAACCUUCUCCAUCUAAAAACAGAAAAGAUGUUAGUCAAGAACUUGCUGGAGGUCACUAAUAAUGUCCUGCUUAAAAAUUGAUGGAUUCUUCUGCACAUCAGUUGUCUUCAAUAUUUACAGUGCCUAUAAGAGAAUAUAAAAUACACUUACCUUAAAUAAAGGUGAACUGAAAAUCUUUCUAAAGAAAAGUUAUUUGAAAAGAUCACUCAAGAGCAUUGAGUCAACAAUCUCCAGUUCCACUCACCAAAUACAUUUGUACCUGCUGCCACAUUUUAAUUCCAGCAGAGCUUCCCACUGGGUUUGUUUUAAAGGCACUGAUCCUCUAGACCUGCACAUACAUGUGGGUAACAAUACAAGUUAUCUCCAUGUAGUUUACAGGAUCAGGGUCUGAGUAUCUGUAUUUACUUUAUGGAAAGGUAUUUCUGUUCACCUUUAAAACGCAGCAUCCAACACAAAGCCAACCAGAAACCAAGAGCAGUUUCUCUGUCUUGUUUUACUUAUGGCAAAGUAUGCCAUGGCUGGGAAAACCUUUGUUUUAAGGAACUACAAAAAGGGACAAAUCGUUCUACAUGGAAAUCCUUAUUAAAGAAGUGUUCUUACUCUAACUGGAAAUUGUAGAUGUGCUGAAGUGGGAGGUUGUAAUUUAAUAACGGUUGAUCAUUUUGUGUGCAGCAUCCUGUACUGUGUUUCCUUUGUAGUAUUUGAGCUCCCGCGUCCCCGCCAGCUCUUCACACCUGAACCACAAACGCUGUAAAAAAGUGGAGGCUUUUGAUACUGUUCUACUUUGCACUUUUCUGAAUCAUUUCAUACGUGUUGCGUUCAUUUUGUACAGGUGUGGCUCGGCUGCUAUAUAUUACAGAUUCAUUUUAAGUAUUUAUAGAUUUCUUCUAUUCAUGAUGUGUUGUGUAUAUGAUGGUUAAAAAGGAAAACUAUUUGUUAUUGUCACUGUACAGAGAGGUUUUGUAUGAUGCUUCUCUUUAACAUACUGGCACAUCCGUGGGAUCGUGAAGGCAGGAAUUACUUUCCCUUCCAGUUGCAGCUUUCCAAGUGACUCAGCUCCAGAGCUACAUCAGCAGCUUCCCAUGUUUCAAGCCAGUCACUGUCGCGUAACCUUUAGACAGCCUGUUAGCAUCACAGAAGUUAGACGUGUAAGAAAGUCACUCGCACCUGAGUCUGUCAGCAAGUUGUAUGAUUUUCUUUUCUUAAGCCAUGAAUGUAUUUAUAUGAAAUGUAUUUUAUCUAUUCUCCAGCUAUCUUCUGUGUCUCGGCUGACUGAGGAUUGCUAUUUUCAGUGUAUAUAUACACACACCACGUUGAUAUUUCCAAAACAGAAUACAGUUGAAAUGGUUAACCAAG